AAGAUGUGGACCUGCAUAAAAGACUUCUUCAACUAUGAAACCACUAAAUCAGUGGUAGUGAAGAGCUGGACCAUCGGCAUCAUCAACCGGGUCGUUCAACUCCUCAUCAUCACUUACUUCAUUGGGUGGGUAUUUGUCAAUGAAAAGGCCUACCAGGUGAGAGACACAGCUAUUGAAUCGUCAGUGAUGACGAAGGUCAAAGGUUUUGGAGUCUACAAUGACAAGGUCAUGGAUGUGGCAGACUACGUCACUCCUACACAGGGAGCUUCAGUCUUCUGCAUCAUCACCAAAAUGAUAACUACAGAGAACCAAGUCCAAGGACUCUGUCCCGAGAGUGAGAAGAAGUAUGUAUGUACGCGGGACAGUCAGUGUUCAAGGCACACCAACAAGCCAGGAAGUUAUGGAAUUUUGACAGGGAAAUGUGUUCCGUUCAACGCCACCAUCAAGAUGUGUGAGAUGAAAGGAUGGUGUCCUGCUGAGAUUGACACCAUCAAGACUACGCCAAUGAUGGAGGUUGAGAAUUUCACCAUUUUCAUAAAGAAUAGCAUUCGCUUUCCGACCUUCAACUACACCAAAGGAAACUUCCUGACUACCAUCACUAAUGAUUACAUAAAAAUAUGUAAUUUUGACAUGGUCAACAACACCUACUGCCCCAUCUUCAAAGUGGGAGACGUGGUCCGCUAUGCACAGCAGAACUUCACCAAGCUGGCAGACAAGGGCGGAGUGAUUGGAAUAAAGAUCGGCUGGAUGUGUGAUCUAGACAAGUCAGACGACCAGUGCAACCCCUCGUACUCAUUCACCCGACUGGAUGCCAUGUCCCAGAAGAAUGCUGUCUCACCAGGCUACAAUUUCAGGUUUGCCAAAUAUUAUAAGAUGGAGAAUGGGACGGACUACCGCACUCUGGUCAAAGCCUAUGCUAUUAGGUUUGAUGUUCUGGUCAAUGGAAAUGCGGGGAAGUUCAACAUGAUCCCCACACUCAUCAAUCUGGUGGCAGCCUUCACUUCGGUGGGAGUGGGCACUGUGUUGUGUGACAUCAUACUGCUGAACUUCCUGAAAGGAGCGGAGCAGUACAAGGCUAAGAAAUUUGAAGAGGUGUCGGACAGCCCGCUGGAGUCCCAGAGCAAUGGGCUUUACCGCUCGCAGCUGUCCCUCAGACAUAGUGAGACCAUCAUGAGGUCCAGUGACUCAGGGGCCUUUUCUAUUGAACAAUACUGCUAG